UUGGUCUGCAGUUUGCCCUCUAGCGGAAGCAUUACCUGUCGUGGAUUUGGCGGGUGUGUGGUGAGGAGAUUUGGCUGGUGGUUUGUUUGGCGCCAGAUGGAUGAUCGUGAUUCGUGAGGCGGCUGUACUGGGCGCCCCCAGCGGGUGUCAGCUGACGAUGAUGAUCGCUCUUUAAGGCCAGCAUGUCGAAGAAAAGAAAAUAUCCCCUGUCACGCCCUGAAUCCAUCUGUGGCAUCUGUCGGGAGAUACUUCUGGAGCCGGUGACGCUGCCAUGCGAUCACACCUUGUGCCACCCAUGCUUCCGGCUAACUGUAGAAAAAGCUAGCUUGUGUUGUCCUUACUGUCGGCAUAGAGUUUCUAACUGGGCACGUAAAAAUGCCCGCUCCGGGACUCUGGUGGAUAAGGAGCUGUGGGAAAUCAUCCAGCGUCAGUACCCAGAGGAGUGUGGGCGCCGCGCCCGUGGACUGGACUCUGUAGAAGAUGACUUUGAAGAUGGUUUUAUCUCCUAUCCAGCACCUCGUAUAUGCAAGCCUGGAGAAAUCCGACAGGAAUAUGAGGCUGAAAUUACAAAGAUUGAAGCUGAGCGACUUAGCAGAGAAGAGGAAGAACGUAAGAAAAGUGAAGAGUAUAUUCGUAGACUGUUAGCUGAGGAAGAGGAGGAACAACGGUUACAUCAGGAACGUGCGCAGAGGCAGUCGGAAGAGCAGCUAAAGCGAGAUGAAGAGUUGGCUCGGAUGCUAAACAGUAAUAUGAAUGAGUCCUUUACAUCUGACCAGUCAUCCAUUAUUGAGGUGCCCGUAGCUUCCAAGCAGACUCCCAGCUCAAAGUCAUCCAAAAAUGUGAAGGCCAAACCAAAACAAUCUGGAGACAUUGAAAGAUUUCUAUCCCCUAAAGUUAAUGAAAGCAUUCAUAUUAGAAGCUCUGCUCAAAUCAGGAGUGAAGAUUUAAAGCAUCUUAAUUCCACCUUGCGAAGUAAUGGAAGUGUGUUGGACUCGGAUGAAGACUCCAUGCCAUCUUUAUCUCCUCAAUUCAGUUUUUCUGUAAAUGGCAGAAAAAUGCACGCUUCUGACACAGAGCUGCCGAUACCUUGUCUAUCGAAAUACUCGCCUAUUGAUGCAGCCCAAAGCGACCUGCAUGUGGCAAGCUCCUCUGAGGGUUUGACUGCUAAAUUCAGUUCAAGAAAUAAGACCCCAUCAGACAUGGCUGCUAUAAACAUCUCUCCACCAAUGUCUUCCAGUGAUCGAGGUGACGUUGGGUGGUGGAGCUCUUCAGAAUCCAGCCAUGUUCCCAGUUCUCCUGACCAGUGGAUUAAAACAGCUAAACGAACCCUAGAGUCCCCUGUAGAUGGCGACAGCCAUGUAACCGAAAAGCGUCAGAAGGUUUCUUGCUUGGAGAACAACUCGGUUGCAGAGUUAUAUACAGAGAGAAUAAAGGAGCAGGAAGAGGCGCUCAUUCAAAGGAAGCUACAGGAAGAACAGGACAGGAUGAUGGCACUGAAGCUGCAAAAGCUGUUAGACAAAGAAGAAAGCAUGGUGAGCAGGCACAAAGGAUCCCCGGAUGAGUACAAGCUGCGGCCAAAGAGAACAAGCCAGCAACAAGAAGAAUCAGACACUACACCUCAGAAAAAGUCACAAUUUAAUGACGGCAAAGCGGAGAGCCCUGGAAGUGGGGACACAUCAGAUGAAAAUAAAAAACCUGCCCCCAAAAAAUCUGUGCAGCGGAAUGGAGUAGGACACUCGUCAAGAACACAACUAUCUGAAGGCCUCAAAGUCUUGAGGCCAAGUAAUAAGCAGCAAACAAUACUGGGCAUGUUUCAAAAGUCGGCUGGAAAGUGAAGCCAUAAGUGCCUGUUAUAUUCGUUUUAUGGAUACUGCUGAUUUCUCUCAGGUUGCUGCAUUCAGAUUGUUGCCUCUGGUUAUAACUUUAAAGGGGAUUUGCCAUCACAUACAAUGGGGGCAUAUCGCUAGGCUAUGCCCCCAUGGUCUGAUAGGUGUGGCCCCCACCUCUGGGACCCGCACCUGCAAUGAGAACUGAGCGGGGAA